AUGGCUCUGGAAUAUAUCCAGUCUGGAAGGGCUGGGGAUGACACAAAAGUGGACGCCGUGUGCAGCUGCAAGGACAAUGCCAGCCUGGCCAGGUUUGACAGAGAAAAGCUUUACCAGGAGCUGAGCACCAUGACCAACAAUGUCACCAGACUGGGCCACUACAGCCUGGAGAGGAACAGCUUGUAUGUUGAUGGUUUCCCCCUCACAGACACAGCUGCCACCAGAAAGCCUGUCUUAACUGAAAUGGCAGCCAAAUUUGGCUACAGACUGAGCUUCAGAAUAGUUAAUGUAAACCUCACCAACCCUGACUCCCAGUCUCCAGAAUACAGAGCAGCAGUGGAAAGCAUCACCAACAAGAUGAAUCACUUGUACCGUCAGAGCGACCUGCGGGACCAGUUCCUGACCUGCAACAUCACUGGGCUGAGGCCUGGAUCCAUAGUGGUCGACUGCCUGUGCUUCUUCCAGCCCGACCCCAACAUCAACAGAGCCGUGGUUGAAAGGACUUUCCAGGACAGGACCUCCAGCACCAGCGGGCAGUGGCUGGGGAGCAGCUACAGACUGCAGGAAUUCUCAGUGGACACUUUGGAACUCUCAGUUGAGGCAGCAACUCACAAGACACCCCUCAAGUCUGACAAAAAACCCUUUGGAUUAAAUUUCCGAAUCUCCAACCUUCCCUACUCGCCAGAACUGCGGGACUCCAGCUCCAGAAUGUACCAAGAGAACAAAGAGAAGAUUGAGAAAGAGCUCGAGGUAUUCAGGAGCAGCCACCUGAAGGACCGAUUUGUUGGCUGCACUGUGGAGAGCUUUGGGCCUGUCCACGGCAAAGGACACACAGAGGUUGCCUCCAUCUGCGAGUUCACCCCGGAUCCCCUCUCGGGGACUUUACAAGAGCAGGAGGUGUUUGAGGAGCUGAAACUCCUGACCCAGGGCUUCACCAGGCUGGGCCCCAGCCACGAGCUGGAGGAGCAGAGUCUGGUGGUGGAAGGUUACUCUCCACUCAAGAUAGAUGAACCUGAGUCCAAAAGACCUGGGCUUCAGUUCUGGGCCAUCAUCCUCAUCUGCCUUUUCACCCUGCUGGGCUUCGUCCUCCUCGUCUUGUUGUGCUUCCUGGUGCUCUCCUGCCUGAGGAGAAAGUCCCACCUGUACCAGGUGCAGCAGGGCCUGUACAAGCUGCACUUCCCCAGCCUGAGCACAGGGAAGGUUCACUGACACCUCAGCUUGGUCUUCCCAGACCUGUUCGUCCACUGAUGAAGGAAAAAUAGCUCUAAAAACUAGAAAAAUACUCCUUUUAAUAAAUUAUUUCAGCAUUUUCUCUCUCCCUGAGAUAAAUCUUUGCAGUAUUGCCAUGAUUCUUCUCAUACUCCAGGAAACUGCCAACAGUGCAAGUGCUGAGGAAAAUAUUUUUCUAAAGCACAGCAGUGUUUUGUAGAAAUAGAAUUUUUAUAUAAAUAUUACACAACCAGAGGAAAAUAAAAACUACCAGGAGGUGCAGUUUGCAAGGCCCUUCAGUGUUAAUGUCAGUUUUCUGAAAAAGGCUUGAAAUUAUACUAAUUUAGAGAUUUUUGGGGACUGACUGUUGUAGACUUAGAAAUCCCACCUAGAUUUUAGCUUUUUUACCACUGAGCUUUAAAAAUUUAAGUACCUUAAAUUAAUUCAACUAUUUCAUCUAUUUAUAAUUACAAUAUUGUGAUGUAAAGAGACAUUGUUGAAUCUGAGUGGAACACAGCCAGGCUGUGUUUUUUUGAGAU